CAUUGAUAAACCAGACUUCCAGCCCUGUAAGUAGCUUCUUUUAGCCUGACUAGAAAAGAUUUUGUCCUCCUCCUACUCUGCAGGCCCUCCUUUUUCAUGAUUUCACUGCUGUUGACUGCCCAAAUGAUUUGUCCUGCAGAUUAAGGGAUAGAGAGAGAGAGAGAGAGAGAGAGAGAGAGAGAGCAGUACUCCUCUCCCUCUGAACCACUAUAGUUUACUUUUUACAGUAUUUUUAAAAGCUUUGUGCAAUAUUUUUUUUCCCUUUUUUCCCACUUUGGCCAAUUUCCCUUUCACUGGAGUGCUGUAGAAUUCUAAACUUGACUAGAGACGUGAGAGGGAGAGCAGUUAAAGAAAAAGAACUACAAAACUAUUUCAGCAAAAUUUGGGACAAACUGGGGCUGGAAUACAGCAAUGGAGAGCAUUUUUAGGUUUGCCUUUUUCAGCAUCUGCCUGGUGGCAAUCUCCUCACAGCAGACAACUCCAAGUACCCAGCAACAAGAGAGCAAACUAAAGUUCCGUCUGGCAGGAUAUCCUCGCAAGCACAAUGAAGGUCGUAUUGAAAUAUUCUACAAUGGGGAAUGGGGCACCAUGUGCGAUGAUGACUUUUCUCUCCAAAACGCUCAUGUACUCUGCAGACAUCUUGGAUUUACAGAAGCCACAGGAUGGGCUCACAGUGCUAAGUACGGGAAAGGAGCAGGAAAGAUUUGGCUGGAUAAUGUGCAAUGCAAUGGAAAUGAGAAAAGCAUUGAGAAUUGCAAAUCUCGAGGAUGGGGUGUCACUGACUGCUCUCACGAAGAAGAUGCUGGUAUAGUCUGCAAGGAUGAGCGGAUUCCAGGCUUCAUCCAGUCCAAUGUAAUUGAGACAGCAGAUGACAAGGUGGAAGAACUCCGACUGCGGCCAGUGGUGGCUACUGCCAUGAAGCGUUUGCCUAUCACUGAGGGUAUUGUGGAGUUUAAGUACAAGGAUGGCUGGGCCCAGAUCUGUGAUAUAGGCUGGAACCAUAAGAAUACUCGAGUAGUCUGUGGCAUGAUGGGAUUUCCUGCAGAAAGGAAAGCUAACAAGAACUUUUACAGGUUGUACGCAGCACGCCAAGAGCUCAAUUACCGUCUGCACUCAGUGUCUUGUACAGGUAGUGAAGUUCAUCUCUCACUUUGCCAGUCUGAGUUCUUCAGGGGAAAUGCCACAAAAAUGUGUGACGGAGGCAUGCCAGCAGUGGUGAGCUGUGUGCCAGGACCACUCUUUGCUAGCAACUUGGCACAAAAAAAGAAAAAGCAGCAAGCACAGAAGGAGCAACAGCACCUCCGUUUGAAGGGAGGAGCCAUGACUGGAGAAGGCCGCGUGGAGAUCCUUAAGAAGAACGAGUGGGGUACAAUAUGUGAUGACAGAUGGAAUCUUCAGUCUGCCAGUGUUGUCUGCAGGGAGCUUGGUUUUGGAAGUGCCAAGGCUGCUCUGACAGGAGCCCGCAUGGGUCAGGGAUUAGGUCCAAUCCAUAUGAAUGAGGUACAGUGCACUGGCUUUGAGAAAUCUAUCUUCAACUGCCAGUAUAAAAACAUCACAGAAGACGACUGCAAACACAAUGAAGAUGCCUCUGUGAGAUGUAACAUUCCUUACAUGGGUUACGAAACCACGAUUCGUCUGGAUGGUGGACGAACACGCUAUGAGGGACGGGUGGAGGUGCUGCUGGAAGUGAAUGCAAAUGGGACAGAGAAAUGGGGCCUGAUCUGCGGAGAGGGAUGGGGCACACUGGAGGCCAUGGUGGUGUGUCGCCAAUUGGGCCUAGGAUUUGCUAGCCAUGGUCUACAAAUCCGGAUUGUAGGAGGAAGAACUCCUUAUGAGGGUCGCGUGGAGAUUAAGCAAGGUGACAAGUGGGGAAUCAUUUGUGGUGACAGGUGGACGACUCGAGAGGCCAUGGUAGCUUGCCGACAACUAGGUCUGGGAUACUCACUGCAUGCUGUGACGGAAACUUGGUACUGGGACGGAAGUAACGUAACAGAGAUGGUACUGAGUGGAGUGAAAUGCACCGGCAAUGAGAUGUCCAUUUCCCACUGCCAGAAUCAUGGUGCCAGGAUAAACUGCCUACGGACAGGCACACGCUUUGCUGCUGGUGUUAUCUGCUCUGAGACUGCUUCUGACCUGAUCCUGAAUGCUCCAUUGGUACAACAGACAACUUACAUUGAAGAUAGACCUCUGCAUAUGUUGUAUUGUGCUGCAGAAGAGAACUGCCUUUCAAGCAGUGCCCGCAAUGCAAACUGGCCAUAUGGACACCGGAGACUCUUACGCUUCUCUUCUGAGAUCCAUAACCUCGGCAGAGCUGACUUCAGACCCAAGGCUGGCAGACAUUCUUGGGUGUGGCAUGAAUGUCAUGGGCAUUACCACAGUAUGAAUAUCUUCACCCACUAUGACAUCUUAACACUGAAUGGCACCAGGGUGGCUGAGGGGCACAAAGCUAGCUUCUGCCUGGAAGAUACUGACUGCCAGGAAGGUGUCUCAAAGAGGUAUGAGUGUGCAAAUUUUGGAGAACAGGGAAUCACAGUGGGCUGCUGGGAUGUGUAUCGUCAUGACAUUGACUGUCAAUGGAUUGAUAUCACAGAUGUUAAACCAGGAAACUACAUACUUCAGGUGGUUAUUAACCCAAACUAUGAAGUAGCCGAAACCGACUUUACCAAUAAUGCCAUGAAAUGCAACUGCAAAUAUGAUGGGCAUCGUAUCUGGGUACACAACUGUCACAUAGGUGAUGCAUUUAGUGAAGAAGCAGAAAAGAGAUUUGAAAUCUAUCCAGGAGAAACCAACAACCAGAUUGUAUAAUGUACUGAGGGUCCAAAAGACUGUCAAGACCUUGCAAUGUUGUUGCCUGAAUAAAAGAAAGCCCCAAUGCAGCCUGCCUACAAGAUACUCACCUCAUGAGCUGCUUCGUGAUCCUCAGCAACUGAUUCUGAUAAAGGCCUUCAGGAGUUUCAGACCUCAAAAAGAAAAGCAUGGCAGAGAAGAAAAACAUCCUGCACAUUCUGCAUUUGCAUGAAUAUUGUUUAGACUGUGACAAGCUGUACAUUGCAGUACUGCUUUGUUUUAAGAAAAAAAUGUUUUCAGUCCUAGUGAUAUGAAGAUGACUACCUUAAAACUGUGUUAAUAGUGUGUACACAUAACAGUGAUAUUGCCUUUGCAUAACGCGAUUUGUAACAACAGCUAAGGCUAUACAAGGGAAGUCUUGACUUCAUAACAGGCAGGACUGUGUUUUAAGAACUCAACAACUGAUUAACACCCUAGACUGACACAUAGGCAGAAUGUUUCAACUGUGAGGCAAAGGCAGACAAAUAAAUUCUAAACCCUGAGUAAAAUUACUUUGCAUUGUUGGUGCUUAAAGUUUUAAAACAAAUGAAAAUGAUUGUUACAUCCAUAGACUGCAAGCAUAGCCAAAUGA